AUGGGUCUUCACCGCGAAUCCAGUGCCUCCAACGUGGAAUCAGGAUACGCCUCUGGAGCCUCCUCAACCGCCUCCCUCCCCUCCGUCGUCUUCACAAAACAACACCUGAAAUUCCUCAACUCCACCCUCAACAACCUCUCCCCCAUCGACAUCCUGCGCUGGUGCAAGAUCUCCCUCCCAAACCUCUACCAAACCACCGCCUUCGGCAUCUCAGGUCUCGUCACGUUGGACAUGCUCUCCAAAAUCGGCGCCGAGACCCCAGAUCUCCCACCCAUCGACGCCAUCUUCCUCGACACCACAUACCAUUUCCAGGAAACACAUGCCCUGAUCGAGAAAACCAAGGCCAGAUACCCAAACGUGCAUCUCCACAUCUACAAGCCGCAGGGCGUGGAUACGACCGCUGAGUUCGAGGCGAAAUACGGCAAGGAGCUGUGGAAAACAGACGAUAACCUGUACGACUGGGUGGCGAAAGUCGAGCCUGCUCAGCGCGCGUACUCGGAUCUCUCAGUCGGUGCUGUGCUUACCGGACGUCGGCGUUCGCAGGGCGCGAAACGCGAUUCCCUUGAUAUCAUCGAGGUAGACGAAGCUGGACUGAUCAAGAUCAAUCCGCUCGCCAGCUGGAGUUUCAAGCAAGUGCAGGAGUACAUCAAGGCGAACGAUGUGCCUUACAACGAGCUGCUUGAUCGCGGGUAUAAGAGUGUAGGGGACUGGCAUAGCACGGAGCCAGUUAAGGAGGGCGAGGAUGAACGGGCGGGACGCUGGAAGGGACAGGAGAAGAGUGAAUGCGGGAUUCAUAAUAAGAGGAGUAAGUAUGCGAUUUAUCUGAUGGAGAUGGAGCAGAAGAAACAGCAGGAGGAGUUGGCUGCUAGACUUGAGAAAGUGGAGGUUGGAUCACCUGAGUCAGAAAAAUCGGAUGAGCAGGUUGAGCAUGUCAGUGAGACGCAUCUUCGUCCUUCGACUUAUGCUAUUGAGGUUUGA